UUCGCAUACACUCAUGCAUAUAUAGAGCUUACACACGCACAAUCCUGUAGGAUUUAUGCAUACGUGCACUCAAAUCUCCCCAUUUGACCUAUUCUACAUAAUCUAGGCUAAUUUGUCAAUUCCAUUAUUGAUCGGCUCUGGCAUAGGCCUAUUUGUUUUUUCAUUUAGUGAUAGAUUUGCUAUUUAAUUCAAUUGCCUGAUAUCGGUGAGACUGUAUGCUACGAGCAGAAUGGGAGAUGAGAGGACGAGCGUCAGCUGUCAACCAGAUUCAGUCGGUGUUUUUUCUCUCUCGCCAUAGUCGUUUGUGCGUCGGUUUUCUUUUUAUCUGCGCCUGUUACACUGUAACGCACUCGAUGUUAAUUCGGGGGAAUAUGUGAACAUAAUGCUGGCGGUGUGGUGCUUGGUGUUUGCUGCAGUGGGCGAGAGGUUUGCCGUGUCAGUUGGCAGUUAUCAGGCCUCCCGCGUUACAGGCGGCGGAAGGUCGACUUUGGUGCGGGAUGCGAGUUUGUGGGAUUGGUUCUCGCCAGAGGAGCGGGGAGACAGCAGCGACAUUGCGGCCGAAGUCACCUAUCCAAAGCGUCUGGUGCAACAGAUGGAGUCGAAGGAAGAAAUGUCCCAUGGCUAUUUGGAUACCCGCGUGAAGAAUACCACGGGAGGCACCUCGCCAGUCCAUUUGGCCCAGAGUUGUUUCCAGGUGGAAACAUUCGGACACACCUUCACCCUGGACCUGGAGUUAAACCAGGAGGGGAGCACUGCUACUACCAAGGGAGGUUGAGGGGCUUACCAGAGUCCUGGGCAGCUCUCUCCACCUGUCUUGGCUUAUGUGGUAUGUUUUCUGAUGGGAUGUUCUCUUAUGGGAUUGAGCCUCUUUUCGAUGGGACCAAUCAGACUGAGGGGGCCCACCUAGUGCGUAGGAUGCCUGAUGUCAGACUAUCCCCAGACUGUCAAGACUGCACAGACAACAGUGAGGGGGAUAGAGCCAGAAGUAAUGGUGAUGAGCAGAUGAAGGAUCCCCGGGUCAGUGAGGUGCUGAGGCGCUCUAAGAGACAGCUGCCACGCAGGCCCACCGUGCAGUCAGAGACCAAAUACAUUGAGCUGAUGGUGGUCAACGACUAUGAAAUGUUUGUGCAGCUGCGACGCUCCACUACCCAGGCCAGGAACUUUGCCAAAGCAGUGGUCAAUAUGGCUGAUGCAAUUUAUAGGGAACAGCUGAACACACGCAUCGUGCUGGUUGCCAUGGAGACCUGGUCGUCGGCCAACAUGGUUCCCGUGGUGACGGACCCGUUGACGACGCUGCAGAACUUCAUGAAGUACAGGAAGGACAGUAUUAAGGAGCAAAGUGACGCCGUGCACCUCUUCUCGGGGCGUACGUUCCAGAGCAGUCGCAGUGGGACGGCCUACACCGGAGGGGUGUGCUCUCUCACCAGAGGAGGGGGCAUCAACGAGUAUGGGAAUGUGGGUCCUAUGGCUAUCACUCUGUGCCAGAGUCUGGGUCAGAACAUUGGGAUGAGGUGGAACAACAUACGCAGCUCUGCGGGAGACUGCAGAUGUCCUGAUUCUUGGCUUGGUUGUAUCAUGGAAGACACUGGAUAUUACCUACCCAGAAAGUUCUCUCGCUGCAGUGUUGAUGAGUACAUCCAGUUCUUGCUCCAGGGGGGCGGGAGCUGCCUCUUCAACAAGCCCAACAAGCUGUUGGACCCUCCUGAAUGUGGGAACGGCUUCGUGGAGACAGGGGAGGAGUGUGACUGUGGGUCUCAGCUGGAGUGUGCCCGUAGUGGAGGGGCGUGCUGUAAGAAGUGUACCCUGACCCACGAUGCCAUGUGCAGUAGUGGACUGUGCUGCAGUGGGUGCAGGUAUGAGCUGAGAGGAGCGGUUUGCAGACAGGCUGUGAAUGACUGUGACAUCCCAGAGAGCUGCACAGGAGACUCCAGCCAGUGCCCUCAUAAUGUGCACAAGCUGGAUGGAUACAUGUGUGACACUAGUCAGGGUCGUUGUUAUAGUGGUCGAUGCAGGACUCUCGAUGGCCAGUGUAAGGGACUUUGGGGCUACAAUUCAGCAGACCGCUUCUGCUAUGAGAAGCUGAAUGCAGAGGGCACAGAGAAGGGCAACUGUGGGCAGAGUCCUGAGGGCCAGGGAUGGCUGCAGUGCAACAAGCCGGAUGUGCUUUGUGGUUUCCUGUUCUGUAUCAAUAUGACGGUGAAGCCAAAGUUUGGGGAUCUGGAGGGGGAAGUGACCAGCCUUACAAUAUACCACCAGAACAAGUACCUGGACUGCCGAGGGGGCCAUGUCCUGCUGGAGGAUGGGUCAGACCUGGGCUACGUGGAGGACGGUACGCCGUGCGGCCCCAACAUGAUGUGUCUGGAGCGCCGCUGUCUCCCCGUGGCAGCCUUCAACCUCAGCACCUGCUCCAGCUCCACGCUGGGACGCACCUGCUCUGACCACGGGACAUGCAGUAACGAGGUGAAGUGUAUCUGUGACAGGGACUACACCGGGAAGGACUGCAGUGUCUUUGACCCCAUCCCUGACCCCACGCCGCCUGCCAACACGGAGAAGAAAGGUCCCAGUGGCACCAAUAUCAUAAUAGGGUCCAUCGCAGGUGCUAUUCUUCUGGCAGCUAUAGUCCUAGGGGGGACAGGAUGGGGAUUUAAGAAUAUCCGAAGAGGAAGAUCUGGUGGAGGAUAAGAUGUCUGUCCGUCUGUCUGUCUUUGUCUGUCUGUUCCUGUCUUUCUCUCACUCUGUGAUGUUUCCAAGUCGGAGAAGAGGGAAAAAGAACAAGUCUUCCACUCCUGUCCCGAACCUCUCCAGACCUCUUCUGUUAACAUCUCCUCUCCUGUCCACAUCCUGUCUCUCCACCUGUCUAUCUCCAGCCCCUCCUGGACAGUGUAGCACCUCCCACAUUGCAUACCAGCCAAUUAUAUUAUCCAAUCAGGAUAAAGUCUUUGCCACGGACAAAAUGAGAAGGUUGUUGUUGGUCCCUAGAGGGGCGUCAGGGUCUUCCUGCUUUCCAGCGACUAAGUAUUAUGCACUUCGGUGUCUGCGUACUGUAGUUCCCUUUCCUUCCGCUUACGACAGUCCCAUGAAGAACAUGUCAACAGUGGACAAAUUCAGUAUGAGACAUGUCUUUCCAAUGCUUGUCUGGAAACACACUUCUGGCCGCUGUUUGAGAAUGCUGGACUGGCCCAGACCUGCCAUCUGAAAAACGAUUUAAAUCAUAAGAUGUUGUCAAAGAAACACAUAAAAACAAACAUUGAUCAAAGACUCAAGUGGCCAUUGGAUCAGUUGAACUGCCCCUUUCAGAGAGUCCUUGUCUGGUGACUGGAUGACAACCCAGAUUCAGACAUGAUCUAGUUACAACAACACGGAUGUGAUCCAAGAAGAGUCCUGUAUGGGACAUGUUGUGUACAGGCCAUUUCCAAAGAAAGAAGAGCAACUUAUUGUGAGAAUGACUAUGAAACAAAAGCAGUAGACCGUUCAAAACAUCAUGGACUGAUGUAGGGUUUAUGUAGAUUGUUCAUUCUUUGUUCCUGUCUGUUGAGAUGUAGGAAGGGGGAGACCCUAUGGUUUUGGGAUCAUAUUUAAAAUGCAGCAGAGACCGUAACUCAGUGUUUUCAACCGUAGAUCUACCAACACAACAUUCCACAUAGUGUUAGUUAACAGAGACUGUCUGUAUGUGUCUGUAUUCUAUUCGCCACCUUCUUGAGGCCCAAAGUGUGUAUGGUAAAGGAGGUUGAAACUCUGUGUGUGUGUGUGUGUGUGUGUGUGUGUGUGUGUGUGUGUGUGUGUGUGUGUGUGUGUGUGUGUGUGUGUGUGUGUGUGUGUGUGUGUGUGUGUGUGUGUGUGUGUGUGUGUGUGUGUGUGUGUGUGUGUGUGUGUGAGCAUGUGUGUGUGUAGGGUACCAAAAUUCCGGUAACUUUCCCAAUAUUUCCAAGUUUUCCUGAAAUCCUGGUUGGAAGAUUCCUGGAAUUGUGAAGGAAUAAGCAAGGAAAUAUGGAAUCCUCCAAACAGGAUUCCUGGAAAACCAGAGAAUGUUGAGAAAGUUACUAAAAUUAGUGUGUGUGUGUGUGCGUGCGUGCGUGUGCACAUGUGUGCAUGUGUGUGCGUGUGAGAGAGAGAUUGAGUGAGGAAGAGAGCAGGUGAAUGAGAAAAGUACUUGUCGUGUUUGGGACAGUUAUGCCCUUGUUCACCGUGACACUCCUGCCAACAACACUGGUAGAUAGUUUAUAGAUUUUUAAUUCUAGAAAAGGUUAUCUUUCUGUUGCCUGGCUUUGUGCUCGGGAGCCAAUGACAGCACACUAACAAACAAAUGGUUUGUAUUGAAUAUGUAACAACAAACUUAAACGAGCACUAGCCUACAGAAUGUGAGAACACAUAUGCACAUCUAUUUGUAUAUACAGUAUGUACAAGAAGAUAAUACUGAAUGUUGAAUACACUGUAGGAAAUUGUUUUAAAAUUCAAUGUUGAUAUUGAUUCAUUUGAUCUGUUUCAACUAAGUAUCUAUCUGUCUCCUGCCAUACAACUGUCCAUCUCCUUUAAGCCAUUCCUAGCUGUCCAUCUAUCUGUCUAGCAGGCACACUGCCUAGUAAGUUAGCAAUCUGGCCAUCUAUCUAUCAUUGCAGCUGUCAAUCUAAAUGCCAUCUAAAUAUUGGACACUUGUUGAUAGGCUUUGAGCCUUACGCUGAUGAUGCUUUAACACAGUGAGUUUGAAUUGACCCCAGGACAGCUCCUCAGUGGAAAUGUGAUGAGAUGAGGUGCAUUACUAUUGACCAGGGCCCUUAGUGCUCUGCUGGGGUCUGGUACACUAGAUGUAUGGAGAGGUCUGUUUGAUUCAGCACUAUGGCUGAUGCACUAUAGUUCUUCACCAUUUGUACAGAAUAUGUACCAUCUUUAGAUGGUGGCCAGUUUGCUUGCUUUUUGAAUUUAGGAAGCAGAGAAAAAGAAACGCGUUAUAUCCCAUAUUUUUAAACACUAUCUUUUUAUUAAGUAGACAAAUUGAAAUAAGCAAUGUAGAUGAAUUGAAAUGAAGGGGAAAUAAAAAUCUAAAAGUAAAA